UCGCUAAGAGACGGGCAACCGGAAGCGGAAGUCACUCCCCGGAUAUGUCCGCAAGAGGCUGUCAUGGCUGCCCGGGAGGACGUAGCGGCUUUACGGGAUGAAAUCGCCCGGCGUGAGGAAGAGCUGGCUUCGCUGAAGCGCAGGCUGACUGCGGCCCUGGCGUCUGAGCCCGAGCCCGAGCGUCCCGUGUCGCUGUCGCCGCUGCUCCCCAAGGCCGCGCUGUCGCGGGACGAGAUCCUACGCUACAGCCGCCAGCUGCUGCUGCCGGAGCUGGGCGUGCGCGGUCAGCUGCGCCUGGCAGCCGCUUCGGUGCUGGUGGUGGGCUGCGGCGGGCUGGGCUGCCCGCUGGCGCAGUACCUGGCGGCGGCCGGCGUGGGCCGUCUGGGGCUGGUGGACCACGACGUGGUGGAGACGAGCAACCUCGCCCGGCAGGUGCUGCACGACGAGGCCCUGGCCGGCCGCGCCAAGGCGUGGUCGGCGGCCGCCGCGCUGCGCCGCCUCAACUCGGCCGUGGAGUACGUGCCGUACGCGCGCGCGCUCAGCGAGGCUUGGGCGCUCGACCUGGUCCGCGGCUACGACGUGGUGGCCGACUGCUCGGACAACGUGCCCACGCGCUACCUGGUGAACGACGCGUGCGUGCUGGCAGGCCGGCCGCUGGUGUCCGCCAGUGCGCUGCGCUUCGAGGGCCAGAUGACCGUCUACAACUACGACGGCGGGCCGUGCUACCGCUGCGUGUUCCCGCGGCCGCCCCCGGCGGAGACGGUGACCAACUGCGCCGACGGCGGCGUGCUCGGAGUGGUGCCCGGCGUGGUGGGCUGCGUGCAGGCCCUCGAGGUGCUCAAGAUCGCCGCGGGGCUCGGGACGUCCUACAGCGGCAGCCUGCUGCUCUUCGACGGCCUGGGGGGCCACUUCCGCAGGAUCCGCCUGCGGCGCCGCCGGCCCGACUGCGUCGUGUGCGGCCAGCAGCCCACCGUCACCCGCCUGCAGGACUAUGAGGCCUUCUGCGGCUCGUCGGCCACCGACAAGUGCCGUGCCCUGAAGCUCCUGAGCCCCGAGGAGCGGAUCUCUGUGACCGAUUACAAGCGGCUUCUGGACUGCGGAGCGCCCCAUGUGCUGCUGGACGUCCGGCCUCAAGUGGAGGUGGACAUCUGUCGUCUGCCGCAUGCCCUCCACAUCCCUUUGAAUAAGUUGGAACGCAGGGAUGCCGACAGCCUGAAGCUCUUAGGGGAUGCCCUCCGGGAAGGGAAGCGGGAUUCACAGGAAGGGGCUGCGCUCUCUGUGUAUGUGAUUUGCAAACUGGGGAAUGACUCCCAAAAAGCCGUGAGGGUCCUGCAGUCCUUAACGACAGUGCCAGAGCUAGACUCUUUAACUGUCCAGGAUAUUGUAGGGGGACUCAUGGCCUGGGCCGCCAAAAUUGAUGGGGCAUUUCCACAGUACUGAGGGGACAGCAUGUGAUCUGCGUGGAUCCAUUUAUUUGCACCUUUUCAAUAAUGUAGGAAGAGCCUGGGCCCGUACUCUCUGACAAAUGGACUCUUUUUUUUUUUUUUUUUUUUGGCAAGGAGCUUUUUGAGAUAAUAGGAUAAAAUUGUUUCUGAGAGCUGCCUUGUGUUUUGGGCACUUGUAUAGUACCUUCAACAUGUGACUUGGAAGUGACAGGACCAUUGUUUCUCAUCUGUUUCAAUCAAAAUGGCCCCUGGACCAUCCAUUUCAUACCCGGAAUUAAGAUGCAGUUUUACUACAUCUUAGUCUAACUAUUCACAGUUGGCGCACUUGCGUUCAGCACAUUCUUAAUUAAGGUGUUGUCUGGGUGGUUGGAGAAAUGCGGUAGCACCGCUCCCCUCCCCCAUCUGACUUUCAUUACUCCUGUGUUGGGUCAUAACUGUCUGACGACAGUUCCACGAGGGCAGAUGUCUCCCUGCCUCCAGCACCAGACACAGACAUACACGCAGGGAAAACACUAAUGAAGUUCUAAAAUAUUUUUAAAAAAGAUAUUAUUUGAGGCUUAUUUCUACUUAACAUGAUAGGAUAUAAACCUUAGAAAUGCAUAACUGCAGAGUGUUUUCAUUAUCUGGAAAGUGGUCAUUCUAGAACCUGUUGUGAUUGUCAGUGCAAUCUUGACAGCAAAAUAAAGGACACUGCCUGUGGAUCAUCAGCUUCCCUCAAA